AUGUUUUCCUUUUCCUUUAUCCCUUGUUCUCUUUCUUACUGCAACAAUGUUUUCCUUUUUCCUUUAUCCCUUAUUUCUCUUUCUUACUGCAACAAUGUUUUUUUUUCCCUUUAUCCUUAUUCUCUCUUUCUUACUGCAACAAUGUUUUCCUUUUUCCUUUAUCCUUUUUCUCUUUCUUACUGCAACAAUUUUUUUCCUUUAUCCCUUGUUCUCUUUCUUACUGCAACAAUGUUUUCCUUUUCCUUUAUCCUUGUUCUCUUUCUUACUGCAACAAUGUUUUCCCUUUUUCCUUUAUCCUUUUUCUCUUUCUUACUGCAAUGUUUUCCCUUUUUCCUUUAUCCCUUGUUCUCUUUCUUACUGCAACAAUGUUUUUCCCUUUUUCCUUUAUCCCUUGUUCUCUUUCUUACUGCAACAAAUGUUUUCCCUUUUUCCUUUAUCCUUGUUCUCUUUCUUACAGUCCUUUUCAUUUCUUACCCUAAUGUUUUCCUUUUUCCUUUAUCCUUGUUUCUCUUUCUUCCUGCCUUAAUGUUUCCCCUUUUUCCUUUAUUGUUCUCUUUCUUACUGCAACAAUGUUUUCCCCUUUUUCCUUUAUCCUUUUUCUCUUUCUUACUGCAACAAUGUUUUCCCCCUUUUCCUUUAUCCCUUGUUUCUCUUUCUUACUGCAACAAUGUUUUCCCUUUUUCCUUUAUCCCUUAUUUCUCUUUCUUACAAAACAAUUUUCCUUUUCCUUUAUCCCUUGUUCUCUUUCUUACUGCAACAAUGUUUUCCCUUUUUCCUUUAUCCCUUGUUCUCUUUCUUACUGCAACAAUGUUUUCCCUUUUUCCUUUAUCCCUUGUUUCUCUCUUACUGCAACAAUGUUUUCCCCUUUUUUAUCCCUUGUUCUCUUUCUUUACAACAAUGUUUUCCUUUUCCUUUAUCCUUGUUUCUCUUUCUUACUGCAACAAUGUUUUCCUUUUUCCUUUAUCCCUUGUUUUCUCUUUCUUAUUCUCUUGCAACAAUGUUUUCCCUUUUUCCUUUAUCCCUUGUUCUCUUUCUUACUGCAACAAUGUUUUCCCUUUUUCCUUUAUCCCUUGUUCUCUUUCUUACCAAUUUUUCCUUUUUCCUUCCUUGUUCUCUUUCUUACUGCAACAAUGUUUUCCUUUUCCUUUAUCCCUUGUUCUCUUUCUUACUGCAACAUCAUUUUUCCCCUUUUCCUUUAUCCUUGUUCUCUUUCUUUGCAACAAUGUUUUCCUUUUCCUUUAUCCCUUAUUUCUCUUUCUUACUGCAACAAUGUUUUCCUUUUCCUUUAUCCAUAUUUCUCUUUCUUACUGCCCAAUGUUUUCCUUUUUCCUUUAUCCCUUAUUUCUCUUUCUUACUGCAACAAUGUUUUCCCUUUUCCCUUUAUCCUUGUUCUCUUUCUUACUGCAACAAUGUUUUUCCUUUUUCCUUUAUCCCUUAUUUCUCUUUCUUACUGCAACAAUGUUUUCCUUUUCCUUUUCCUUUCUUUCUUACUGCCAAUGUUUUUUCUUUCCUUUAUCCUUGUUCUCUUUCUUACUACCCAAUGUUUUUCCCCUUUUCCUUUAUCCUUUUCUCUUUCUUUACAACCAAUGUUUCCCUUUUCCUUUUCCUUAUUUCUCUUUCUUGCAACAAUGUUUUCCCUUUUUCCUUUAUCCUUGUUUCUCUUUCUUACUGCAACAAUGUUUUCCUUUUUCCUUUGUCCUUUUUCUCUUUCUUACUGCAACAAUGUUUCCUUUUUCCUUUAUCCUUGUUCUCUUUCUUACGUUAAUGUUUUCCUUUUUCCUUUAUCCUUGUUCUCUUUCUCCCCAAUGUUUUCCCUUUUCCUUUGUCCUUGCAACAAUGUUUUCCCUUUUCUUUAUCCCUUUUCUCUCUUUCUUACUGCAACAAUGUUUUCCCUUUUCCUUUAUCCCUUGUUCUCUUUCUUACAUCAACAAUGUUUUCCCUUUUCCUUUAUCCCUUGUUUCUUUCUUACUGCAACAAUGUUUUCCCUUUUCCUUUAUCCCUUAUUUCUCUUUCUUACUGCAACAAUGUUUUCCCUUUUUCCUUUAUCCCUUAUUCUCUUUCUUACUGCAACAAUGUUUUCCCUUUUCCUUUAUCCUUGUUCUCUUUCUUACUGCAACAAUGUUUUCCCUUUUCCUUUAUCCUUAUUCUCUUUCUGCAACAAUGUUUUCUUUUUCCUUUAUCCCUUAUUCUCUUUUCUUACAAUGUUUUUUCCUUUUUCCCUUGUUUCUCUUUCUUACUGCCAACAAUGUUUUCCUUUUUCCUUUAUCCCUUGUUCUCUUUCUUACUGCAACAAUGUUUUCCUUUUUCCUUUAUCCUUUUCUCUUUCUUUCUUGCAACAAUGUUUUUCCCUUUUCCUUUAUCCCCUUUUCUCUUUCUUACAUUACAAUUUUCCCUUUUCCUUUGUCCUUGUUCUCUUUCUUACGUCCAAUGUUUUCCUUUUUCCUUUAUCCCCUUGUUCUCUUUCUUACUGCAACAAUGUUUCCUUUUUUCCUUUAUCCCUUGUUCUCUUUCUUACUGCAACAAUGUUUCCUUUUUCCUUUUCCUUUUCCCUUUUCCUUUAUCCUUAUUUCUCUCUUACUGCAACAAUGUUUUCCUUUUCCUUUAUCCUUUUUUCUCUUUCUUACUGCCACAAUGUUUCCCCUUUUCCUUUAUCCCUUGUUCUCUUUCUUACGUCCAAUGUUUUCCCUUUUCCUUUAUCCUUGUUCUAUUUCUUACUGCAACAAUGUUUUCCUUUUCCUUUUCCUUGUUCUCUUUUCUUACUGCAACAAUGUUUUCCCUUUUCCUUUUCCUUAUCCUUUUCUCUUUCUUACCAUUUUCCUUUUCCUUUGUCUUGUUCUCUUUCUUAAUGCAACAAUGUUUUCCUUUUUCCUUUAUCCUUGUUCUCUUUCUUGCAGCAAUGUUUUCCCUUUUUCCUUUUUUCUUUUUUACUGCAACAAUUUUUCCUUUUCCUUUAUCCUCUUCUCUUUCUUACGUCACAAUGUUUUCCCUUUUCCUUUAUCCUUGUUCUCUUUCUUACUGCAACAAUGUUUUCCUUUUUCCUUUUAUCCCUUAUUCUCUUUCUUACUGCAACAAUGUUUUCCUUUUUCCUUUAUCCCCUUUUUCUCUUUCUUACUGCGUCAAUGUUUUCCUUUUUCCUUUAUCCCUUGUUCUCUUUCUUACUGCAACAAUGUUUUCCCUUUUCCUUUAUCCCUUGUUCUCUUUCUUACUGCAGCAAUGUUUUCCUUUUUCCUUUAUCCCUUGUUCUCUUUCUUACUGCAACAAUGUUUUCCUUUUCCUUUAUCCUUGUUCUCUUUCUUCUGCAACAAUGUUUUCCCUUUUCCUUUAUCCCUUGUCUCUUUCUUACGUCCAAUGUUUCCUUUUCCUUUAUCCUUGUUCUCUUUCUUGCUGCAACUUUUUUUUCUUUUUCCUUUAUCCCUUGUUCUCUUUUCUUACUGCAACAAUGUUUUUCCCCUUUUCCUUUAUCCCUUGUUCUCUUUUUCUUACUGCAACAAUGUUUUCCCUUUUCCUUUAUCCAUUGUUUCUCUUUCUUACUGCAACAAUGUUUUUCCUUUUUCCUUUAUCCUUAUUCUCUUUCUUCCACAAUGUUUCCUUUUCCUUUAUCCCUUGUUCUCUUUCUUUUGCCAACAAUGUUUUUCCUUUUUGUUUUCCUUGUUCUCUUUUUACUGCCAAUGUUUUCCUUUUCCUUUAUCCUUGUUCUCUUUCUUACUGCAACAAUGUUUUCCCUUUUUCCUUUAUCCCUUGUUCUCUUUCUUACGUCCACAAUGUUUUCCCUUUUUCCUUUAUCCUUGUUCUCUUUCUUUGCAACAAUGUUUUCCCUUUUCCUUUAUCCCUUGUUCUCUUUUUCUUGCAACAAUGUUUUUCCCUUUUUGCAAUCCUUUGUUCUCUUUCUUACUGCAACAAUGUUUUUCCCUUUUCCUUUAUCCUUGUUCUCUUUCUUACUGCAACAAUGUUUUUUCCUUUUUCCUUUAUCCUUUUUUCUUUCCACAAUGUUUCCCUUUUCCCUUUAUCCUUAUUCUCUUUCUUACUGCAACAAUGUUUUUCCCCUUUUCCUUUAUCCCUUCCUUUUCUCUUUCUUACUUCCAAUGUUUUCCCCUUUUCCUUUAUCCCUUAUUCUCUUUCUUACUGCAACAAUGUUUUUCCCUUUUCCUUUAUCCUUGUUCUCUUUCUUACUGCAACAAUGUUUCCCUUUUUCCUUUAUCCUUGUUCUCUUUCUUACUGCAACAAUGUUUUUUUCCCUUUUUCCUUUAUCCCUUUUUUCUCUUUCUUAUGUUUUUCCCUUUUCCUUUAUCCCUUGUUCUCUUUUCUUACUGCAACAAUGUUUUCCCUUUUUCCUUUAUCCCUUAUUUUCUCUUUCUUACUGCAACAAUGUUUUCCCCUUUUUCCUUUAUCCCCUUGUUCUCUUUCUUACUGCAACAAUGUUUUCCCUUUUCCUUUAUCCUUGUUCUCUUUCUUACUGCAACAAUGUUUCCCCUUUUCCUUUAUCCUUGUUUCUCUUUCUUCUUGCAACAAUGUUUUCCCUUUUCCUUUAUCCCUUGUUCUCUUUCUUACUGCAACAAUGUUUUUCCUUUUUCCUUUAUCCUUGUUCUCUUUCUUACUGCAACAAUGUUUUUCCCUUUUCCUUUAUCCUUGUUCUCUUUCUUACUGCAACAAUGUUUUUCCCUUUUUUCCUUUAUCCCUUAUUUCUCUUUCUUACUGCAACAAUGUUUUUCCUUUUUCCUUUAUCCCUUCAUUUCUCUUUCUUACUGCAACAAUGUUUCCCUUUUCCUUUAUCCUUAUUCUCUUUCUUACAUUACAAUGUUUUCCCUUUUCCUUUAUCCCUUGUUCUCUUUCUUACUGCAACAAUGUUUUCCCUUUUCCUUUAUCCUUAUUUCUCUUUUCUUACAAUAUUUUCCCUUUUCCUUUAUCCCUUGUUCUCUUUCUCCCUUAUUUUUCCUUUUCUUUAUCCCUUAUUUCUCUUUCUUACUGCAACAAUGUUUUCCCUUUUUCCUUUUUCCCUUAUUUCUCUUUCUUACCUUAAUGUUUUCCCUUUUCCUUUAUCCCUUAUUCUUUUCUUACUGCCUUAAUUUUUCCCUUUUCCUUUGUCCCUUAUUCUCUUUCUUACUGCAACAAUGUUUUUUUUUCCUUUAUCCCUUAUUUCUCUUUCUUACGUCCUGUUUUUCCCUUUUCCUUUAUCCCCUUAUUCUCUUUCUUACAACAAUGUUUUCCUUUUUCCUUUAUCCUUGUUUCUCUUUCUUGCAGCUAACAAUUUUUCUUUAUCCCAUGUUUCUCUUUCUUCCUUUGUUUUCCCUUUUAUCCUUUGUUCUCUUUCUUACUGCAACAAUGUUUUCCCUUUUCCUUUUUUUUCCCUUUUCCUUUAUCCCUUGUUCUCUUUCUUACUGCAACAAUGUUUUCCCUUUUUCCUUUAUCCCUUGUUCUCUUUCUUACUGCAACAAUGUUUUCCUUUUCCUUUAUCCCUUAUUCUCUUUCUUACUGCAACAAUGUUUUUUCCUUUUUCCCUUUUUCCUUUAUCCCUUGUUUCCUUUUUCCUUUUCUCUUUCUUACUGCAACAAUGUUUUCCUUUUUCCUUUAUCCUUUUUCUUUUUCUUACUACAAUGUUUUCCCUUUUCCUUUAUCCCUUGUUCUCUUUCUUACUGCAACAAUGUUUUUCCUUUUCCUUUAUCCCUUGUUCUCUUUCUUACUGCAACAAUAUUUUUUCCCUUUUUCCUUUAUCCCUUGUUCUCUUUCUUACUGCAACAAUGUUUUCCUUUUUCCUUUAUCCUUGUUCUCUUUCUUACUGCAACAAUGUUUUCCUUUUCCUUUAUCCCUUGUUCUCUUUCUUACCAACAAUUUUUCCCUUUUCCUUUAUCCCUUAUUUCUCUUUCUUACCAAAUGUUUUCCUUUUCCUUUAUUUCCUUGUUCUCUUUCUUACUGCAACAAUGUUUUUCCUUUUCCUUUAUCCCUUGUUCUCUUUCUUACUGCAACAAUGUUUCCCCUUUUCCUUUAUCCUUAUUUCUCUUUCUUACUGCAACAAUGUUUUUCCUUUUCCUUUAUCCCUUGUUCUCUUUCUUGCUGCAACAAUGUUUCCCCUUUUCCUUUAUCCUUGUUCUCUUUCUUUUUGCAACAAUGUUUUCCUUUUCCUUUAUCCCUUGUUCUCUUUCUUACUGCAUGUUUUCCUUUUUCAAUGUUUUCCUUUUUUUUCCCUUUUCCUUUAUCCUUGUUUCUCUUUCUUACUGCAACAAUGUUUCCCUUUUCCUUUAUCCCUUGUUCUCUUUCUUACUGCAACAAUGUUUCCCUUUUCCUUUAUCCCUUUUCUCUUUCUUGCAACAAUUUUCCCUUUUUCCUUUAUCCUUGUUCUCUUUCUUACUGCAACAAUGUUUUCCUUUUCUUUAUCCUUGUUCUCUUUCUUACUGCAACAAUGUUUUCCUUUUCCUUUAUCCUUGUUCUCUUUCUUACUGCAACAAUGUUUUCCUUUUCCUUUAUCCCUUGUUCUUUCUUACUGCAACAAUGUUUUCCUUUUCCUUUAUCCUUGUUUCUUUCUUACUGCAACAAUGUUUUCCUUUUCUUUAUCCACUUUUGUUUCUUUCUUACUGCAUUUCUCUUUCUUUUUCCCUUUUCCUUUAUCCUUUAUGUUCUCUUUCUUACUGCAACAAUGUUUCCCUUUUCCUUUAUCCUUAUUUCUCUUUCUUCUCAAUGUUUUCUUUUCCUUUAUCCCUUAAUGUUUUCCUUUUCCUUUUUCCUUUUUGUUCUCUUUCUUACUGCAACAAUUUUUCCUUUUUCCUUUAUCCUUGUUCUCUUUCUUACUGCCAAUGUUUUUCCUUUUCCUUUAUCCCUUGUUCUCUUUCUUACUGCAACAAUGUUUCCCUUUUUCCUUUCUCUUUCUUACUGCCAAUGUUUUCCCUUUUCCUUUAUCCUUGUUCUCUUUCUUACUGCCAAUGUUUUUCCCUUUUUCCUUUAUCCCUUGUUCUCUUUUUCUGCAACAAUGUUUUUCCUUUUUCCGUCCCUUGUUUCUCUUUCUUACUGCAACAAUGUUUUCCCUUUUCCUUUAUCCUUGUUCUCUUUCUUACUGCAACAAUGUUUUCCCUUUUCCUUUAUCCUUGUUCUCUUUCUUACUGCAACAAUGUUUUUCUUUUUCCUUUAUCCCCUUGUUCUCUUUCCCUGCAACAAUGUUUUCCUUUUCCUUUAUCCUUGUUCUCUUUCUUCCAACAAUGUUUUCCUUUUUCCUUUAUCCUCUUUCUUACUGCAACAAUGUUUUCCUUUUCCUUUAUCCCUUUUCUCUUUCUUACUGCAACAAUGUUUUCCUUUUUCUCUUCUUUCUUACUGCAACAAUGUUUUCCCUUUUCCUUUAUCCCUUAUUCUCUUUCUUUGCAACAAUGUUUUCCUUUUUCCUUUAUCCCUUAUUUUCUCUUUCUUACGUCCACAUUCUUUUUCCUUUUUCCUUUAUCCUUUGUUCUCUUUCUUACUGCAACAAUGUUUUCCUUUUCCUUUAUCCUUAUUUCUCUUUCUUACUACCAAUGUUUUCCUUUUUCCUUUAUCCUUAUUUCUCUUUCUUGUCUGCAACAAUGUUUUCCCUUUUUCCUUUAUCCCUUGUUCUCUUUCUUACUGCAACAAUGUUUCCUUUUCCUUUAUCCUUGUUCUCUUUCUUACUUAAUGUUUUCCUUUUCCUUUAUCCCUUGUUCUCUCUUCUGCAACAAUAUGUUUUCCUUUUCUUUAUUUCCUUUAUCCCUUGUUUCUCUUUCUUACUGCAGCAAUGUUUUCCUUUUCCUUUGUCACAUUUCUCUUUCUUACUGCAACAAUGUUUUCCUUUUUCCUUUAUCCCUUGUUCUCUUUCUUACUGCAACAAUUUUCCUUUUUCCUUUUCCUUUAUCCCUUGUUUUCCUUUUUCUCUUUCUUACUGCAACAAUGUUUUCCCUUUUUCCUUUAUCCUUGUUCUCUUUCUUACGUCCAACAAUAUUUUCCUUUUCCAACAAUGUUUUCCUUUUUCCUUUAUCCCUUAUUCUCUUUCUUACUGCAAUGUUUUCCCUUUUUCCUUUAUCCCUUGUUCUCUUUCUUACUGCAACAAUGUUUUUCCUUUUCCUUUAUCCCCUUUUCUCUUUCUUACUUAAUGUUUUCCCUUUGUCCUUUCUCUUUCUUACUGCAACAAUGUUUUUCCUUUUCCUUUAUCCCUUGUUCUCUUUCUUACUGCAACAAUGUUUUCCCUUUUUCCUUUAUCCCUUGUUCUCUUUCUUACUGCAGCAAUGUUUUCCCUUUUUUUUCCUUUAUCCCUUGUUUUUCUUUUCUUAUCCCUGCAACAAUGUUUUCCUUUUUCCUUUAUCCUUUUCUCUUUUACUGCAACAAUGUUUUCCUUUUUUCCUUUAUCCCUUGUUCUCUUUCUUACUGCAACAAUGUUUUCCCUUUUCCUUUAUCCUUGUUCUCUUUCUUACUGCAACAAUGUUUUCCCUUUUCCUUUAUCCUUGUUCUCUUUCUUACUGCAACAAUGUUUUCCCUUUUUCCUUUAUCCCCUUGUUCUCUUUCUUACUUCCUUAA